GUCUAGGAAAGAAGCACCAGCUCUGUUAGGCGCUGUGAGGGGAUGAUACACCCUUCCCUUGUACAGGGCAUUCGUCACCUUGGUAGAAUCGCUUGUGUGCCACCUUACAGCUUUUGUGUCUGUAACUAACAGCUUGUGUGUCACACUGCCCAGGGACCUCGUCCAACGUCACCGUUAAAUCCCAAAACAACAGAAUGUCUGGGGAACGGGAUCGGAACCGGAUGUCUAUAAAAAACUUGACCACGAAAAAGGGAAACACAAUGUGCGUGGACUGUGGAGCUCCAGACCCGCAGUGGGCCUGCUGCAACUUGGGGGUUUUCUUGUGUGUGAAUUGCUCUGGUAUUCACCGGAAUCUCUUAGAAAUCAGUAAGGUCAAGUCUCUUACGCUGGACCACUGGGACGAGAACCAGCUGAAGUUUCUCGAGACUCAUGGGAACGAUGCAGCAAAAGCGAUAUAUGAAGCUCAUAUCCCAGAGUAUUACUACAGACCCACAUACAAGGAUUGCCAUGUGUUACGAGAACAGUGGAUUCGUGCAAAAUAUGAACGAAAAGAGUUUAUGAACAAAACAACCACCACAUCUAACGUUAUAAAGGUGGGGAACCUGUACAAGCGAGGGCGAGAUAAUGGUCAGUAUCUGCCUCGGAAGUUUGUCCUGUCUGAAAUAGAUGGCACCCUGAAAUACUACACCAAGCCUGACGCCAAGGAGCCAAAAGCGUUGUUUAAGAUUGACUCUGUAAAUGCCACGUUUCAGCCAGAGAAGACGGGACAAGCACAUGGCCUACAGAUCACUUAUGUCAAGGAUAAUCGCACUAGGAAUAUAUUUGUGCAUCAUCCAGAAGCAAAGGAAAUUGUUAGUUGGUUUAAUGCCAUCCGGGCGGCUCAGUUUCAUUACCUACUAGUUGCGUUUCCUACAGCAACAAACAAACAGAUACUUAGUCACUUGACCCGAAAUUUCCUCAAGGAAGGUUACAUGGAGAAGACUGGACCUAGGCCAACCGAUGGCUUCAAGAAACGAUGGUUUACCCUUGAUCAUCGCCGACUGAUGUACUUCAAGGACCCUUUGGAUGCUUUUGCCAAGGGAGAGGUGUUUUUGGGGAACAGUGAGCAGGGGUACGGUGUGAAGCCUGAAAUUGUACCUCUUGGCCAAGGCAACUGUACAUGGAUAUAUGGCAUUAGGAUCAGCACACCUGAGCGCACCUAUCUAUUCACCUGUGAGAGCGAGACUGAACGGGAAAGCUGGCUGAAGGCAUUUACAGGGGUGAUCAGCCAGCCCAUGUUACUCCGAGAGUAUGCAGUUGAAGCUAAAUUUAAAUACAAAUUCUAACUCACCUACCCUGAAUCUGACAUGUGAUGCCUGAAUGUUUAAAAGUACCUCAGGAGUGUUUAUCGUAUGGCUUCAAAUUUUCAUUUAUAUUCCAAAGUCUCAGCGUAAAGAUUAAUGACAUUCCAGGAAAGAAUGGACUUCCCAGAUCCCUAAUGUGUAUUAAACUCUCAUCUUGGUGACACAAGAAAACAUGUCCCUUCAGCAUUGUAAUGGAUUUGUAUAGCAGUGUUAUGGUAAACAAGUCAUCUUUUUAUAAAUAAAAUGCUGUAUUUAUUUGUAUUAUUUUAAGAGUAGAACAUUUUUCUUGAAAUAAAUAUUAAAACUGUUUAGUCCAUUGUCUUGUUAGACAGUGAUGGAGUUAGUUGGUUAUUGUAAUCCCUUAUAGGGCCAGAAUAAAACAUUAUUAAUCGUC